CCUAGUGCGAAAAGUUGGCCACCUCCACCAAGCAAGAUUCACGGCCGCCUCCAAGUCCCAUCCCGUCCGUCCUCACGCCUCGACAAGUCCUCUUCAACGCAUAUCCUCACCCGACUCCCUCCCCCCCAAAUCACCUUCAAAAUGGCCGGCGGAAUCACCGUGCGCGACGUCGAUGCGCAAAAGUUCAUCAACGCCUAUGCUGCGUUCCUGAAGCGUCAGGGCAAGCUGCCCAUCCCUGGCUGGGUCGACACCGUCAAGACCGGCCCCGCCAAGGAGCUUCCUCCCCAGGACAUUGACUGGUUCUACGUCCGCGCCGCGUCCGUCGCCCGCCACGUCUACCUGCGCAAGACGGUUGGCGUCGGCCGCCUCCGCAAGGUCCACGGCUCCGCCAAGAACCGCGGCAGCCGGCCGUCCAAGCACGUCGACGCCUCUGGCUCCGUCGACCGCAAGGUCAUGCAGGCCCUCGAGAAGAUUGGCGUCCUGGAGCAGGACGAGGAGAAGGGCGGCCGCCGCAUCACCCAGGCUGGCCAGCGUGAUCUGGACCGUAUUGCCCAGACCACGGCUGAGGCCGAGGAAGAGGAUGAGGACGACGAGUAAGCGCCCCGACACAGGCGUUUCCUUUUCCCCGACGGCGACGGGAGGUUACAAAAAGAGCGCGGAACAAACCAAUGUUAUUUGGGACGGCAUGAAACGGGCGUACGGUCUAGAAUUUCUGUGAUGUAUGAAUGAGAUUCCCACUGGGUCAUUCGGUUCACUUGGGCCCGUCCGCCAUAUUUGCAUCC